AUUUACUGAGUCAAAUGAUAAUGGCCACCAUGUGAUGGUGCUAAUUAUCUCGAGACCUUCAUAUUCUACCUUCGCUCUUUCCAUCUUUAUCUUCAUCAUUCACUUCUUCUCUUUCACUUUAUUUCUCUCUCACCCCAUCAAAUGGUUGAACCAGAGGAUCUGAUUCACGAUUAUUGGCCUUUCGAAUCAAGAAAAUCCACUGUGAAAAACAUGUGGGAUGCGUUGAAAGAUGUCAAUACCUCCAUGAUGGGAGUUUCCGGCAUGGGUGGAGUGGGGAAGAAUACGUUUGUGAAGGGAGUUGGUAGGCAAGCCAUGGAAGAUCUCUUCGUUGAGGAGGUGGUUUUUGCAGAGGUAACAGAAACUCCAGACGUGAAAGCCGGUCAACCAGAUUUGGCAGAUAAGUUAGCAGUUGAAAGAUUUAAGAAGGGGAAGAAGAUCCUUUUAAUUUUAGAUAAUACUUGGGAAGAUCUUGAUCUGAAGACUGUUGGAAUUCCUUCUGGAGCUUGGAGCCUCUUCGGUCAGACGGCAGGUGAUGUUAUUGAAUCACUUGGACUGAAUAGACUACAUGAUGUAUGCAAGGAAUGUGGAGGUUUGCCCAUUGCUAUUACUACUGUGGCAAGAGCAUUGAAGAACAAGACAAAUCGGCUUGAAUGAGAAGAUGCCUUGCGAGAAUUGAGAAUGCCUUCCCCAACAAAGUUCAUACCAUGGCUGGAAAAUGGAUAUUCAAAUAUUUGGUUCAGUUACAAAUACUUAACAGGUGAUGAACUCAAGAAAACUUUUUAAAUCUCUAGUCUAAUGGAAAUUGAUACUUCAUGUCAGACUUCUUCAAACAUAUCGUGGGUUUGGAUAUACUUGAAGGAGGUUAACCUUACAAUGGAACAAGCGCGAAAUAGACUAGAUAAAGUGGUUGGUGAACUCAAAGACUCUUGUUUGU